AUGUUGUCCAAUAAGCGCGAUCCAAACAGUCUUGCUCUAGGAAGGAGCAAGAGAACAGGUGCAGGGAAUCGGAUGAGAGCUCUGCUCGAUGGGGUUUUCGAGGCCGAGGAAGGUUUCGAAGAAGUCGAGAAUGACGAAGAGUUUGAGGAUAAAGGAGGCCAGUAUAUAGAGAAUAUCGAGGACGAUUUUGCUUCCGAUUUUUUGAGUACCGAUGAUGAAGAUUCCGGAAGAGAUGACACUGCAUCUGGAGAGAAGCAAAUACAAGAAGAAGUGCGGGAAGCCCGCAGGGCCGCGCGCAGGAAAGCUGAACGGGCAUCCCGCUUACCUCAAACAUCCAAGCCGAAGACAACAGACAAGGCUGAGCCCGGGGAAGAAGGGGAAGAUCCUCUCCCCAAGAAACGACGAGUCUCCGUCCAACACGUCGUUGUGAAUGAAGAAACUGGCGAAAUCGUCGAUGUUGCAAUACGCAAGAGCAGUAGAGAAGCUACAGUAAGAAGCAAACAUGAGCUUCAAAACAAACUCAAAGAUGCCCAACAGCGACGAGCCGCUCUGCCCAAGCGAGAGCGUACUCAGCAGCGCGUAAAGACGCAAGACGAGCUCAUCCGAGAUGCACUAGAAACAGAGGAAGAGAACAUCGCCUCGCUCAACAGCUUCUUGACGGAAGAAGAAGAGCGUAGAGCGCGGAAUACAGAGCUCCGCAAGACCAUUGUGGAACCACCUUUGCUGAGAUGGAUCAGCCGCCCAGAGAAAGCAAAAAUGCCGCUUGUUGUGGAGGUUGAACUUCCUCCCCCUGCAUAUCAUCGCCCCCCUCAAACUCAACUCCAGAACCCUCCAUCGUCCUCCACUAGUACCACGGCGUCUGCUCGACGGACGCCCUAUCCCCAUAACCAUCCUGCGUAUUCUAAUUCGAAUUAUCGACAGAUCCCAGUGACUCACCCUGCAACCUACACCCCUCCGCCAGGUUGGCGUAUCAUGGGCCCUCCGCCAAAACCUGUUCCCCAUGUUCCACCUCCACCUCCACCUCCACCUCGCUUUGCUGCGCCGAUUGUUACAACACUAUCCUCCAGUGCUGUGAAAACCAAUGCACCUGCUGUGCCAUCUGUUUCUCCAGGGCCUGCCACGAUUCCGUCCCCCAUGAAUUUCUCCGCAGCUGCACCUGUUCAUUCUUCACAGGCCUCAGAAUCUGCAACUUCGGCCCCCUCUGCGGAUCCUAAGCCCAAGCCAAAAUCAACCAAUACUCAGACGAUUACGCAAACCCGGAACCUAGUCAUUCUUGAUACGCCAGGAGCAACCCCAUCGGAAGACAUGACUUAUCUCUUUGGUAGUCAUGUUGAUUGGGGUGAACUGAAAGUCCUGCCCAAGGUCAGACCUAGUGCUCGACGUGCCGCCAUUUGCCCGAUCACUGGUUCAGCGGCCAGAUACAUCGAUCCCCGUUCUGGCAUUCCUUUUGCAGACGCCCGAGGCUAUAAAGUGCUCACCGAACUUCUGGCUUACCGUUAUGUUUGGUCAGAAGCUCUCGGGGCUUAUGUCGCGGGAGAGAAGCAAUCUCAAGGUGCCCAAGGCGUACCCGAUGGUUGGGCGGACGCCGUGAUGUCCCGGCCAGCCGAGUAA